CUCGUCUUGUUUCUCUCCAGUCACCUCCUUCUUCAUCCACCUUUCCCCUCCUUGGGCCAUCCAGCGCUCAUCCCAUAGCCGUCUCAGCACUUUCGAGACAUCCAUUCUCUUGUCACUUCCACUCCUUCGUCUAAGCGUUGCCGUCGUUGCAAAUACCCCAUUGUAUGCCCUCUUAACGGCCCAACUGGAUUCACUUUCAUCGCUCCCCAAGCUCGAAAUUCGCAUCCUGCUCCAGACGACACCGACUCCCGUCCUCUAAGACUACUCUCUCUGCGUCCACAAUACCACUUCUCUGAUCUAUUACCGGAUUACUACCCUCAACAUGUACGACCACAAUGACGACGAGCUGAAGCGUCAGUCUGGCUUUGGCGCUGUUGGUCUGGGUUUCAUGAACGGCGACUUGUCCGACGACGAAGAAGACGACCAUAAGCCCACUCCUGCUCAAGGCAACAAGCACGCAGUGCUCAUCGCUGCUACUCAACACCAGCCGCAGGUUCCGGCUCGCAUACCCCUUGCCGCUCCCAGACCCGGAUACCCCGCUCCUGUAUCUGCCAUUGACCUUCCCAGGUCACCUUCCGCCAACCAGCAGAUGUCAGAAGUUCCUCUUCAUCUCCGCAACCCCCCAGGUGAUCUCAACGCUCCUCGCGUUCCUCCUCCCGCCUAUAACGGUCAAAACGCGCACGCCGUUCCCAAUGCUCCUCACCCUCUUCAACCCCCAAUGACCCCCAUCACACCCAUCUUCGCCCGGCCCUCCGCUUCUCCCGCUCCCAGGGAUGUGAAAUUUUCCGGAGAUGCCAUCAUGCGUGGCAACUCCGAGGACGCCCUCCUUCCACGGAGAGGUGACAAGGGCGACGACUUUUGGCGUAGAUUCAGUGUCAUCGCGAAGGAAGAUACUAAGCAGCCUAGCUCUUGGCUCAGCAAGACCCAGAGCGGCACAAACCGUUUGUCUCGCUGGGUGUGGGUUAUCGGCAUGGUCUUACUCAUCAUCGUCGCGUUCUCGAUCGGUCUCUGGUGGUAUAUCUCACACAAGAGCACAUCGACGACCGCUCCCAAGGCUAUUGGAGGCAACGAGGGUGAUGGUGGUGCUGGCGAAGCGAGCUCUCUUCCCCCUGGUGCUUCUUCUACGCCCCAUGUGACGCCGACGAACACCGUCAAGGACAGACGUGCCCUCCCUACCCCCACUGGCGACAUCCUCAAUCUCAUGAACCUUGGAAACUUGGAGGAUAGUCUCACUGCCAAUGGAUCGCAGGGCCAUAGCAAGCUGAGAAAGAAACACUAUGCGCGAAACCGCUACCAUGGCUUGUACUAGCGUGCUAGUCCGUUCUUGUCGCUUGCUCACGAAACUCCACAACACCUAUGCUAUAUGCCUUGGGUUGGUUUGGGCAGUGGAUACUGUACAGGUCAUACUUUAGAGCCUACUUCUGCUUCUCGAUGCAUACGUUCUUGGGAUUGGUGUCCGCUGACAUUAAUGGAUCCGCUUCCCGUCCUCUCUUUUAAUCGUCACGAAAUUGUAUAUUUAUCCGUACAUAUUCACCGGCAUUUCCACUUUGUCACUUGUUUCUGUCGCUGGCCCCAUGAGCCUGCGUGCAUUGUGUACCAGCCCAUUGGAAUACAAUGCCCUUCAUUUGUCCUGGAUUUUACAUAUAUUACAUUGCGAUGUUAAUUCUCA